CAUUCCAAGAAACUAUAAGUCAGUUAUUAUAUUUGAUAAUAUUCAUUUAGCAAUCAAAAUUCACUCAUAACUAUAUUAAAUCGCCCAAUAUUUAUUCUCUGGUAGAUGUAAUAUUACUGUGGGAUAAGUUGAAAGUUAUUUUGUUUUUUAUUUAAUCAAGAAACUGUAUCGGAUCAUUGUUGUCUGGGAAAAAUUCAUAAAACGGAAUGAACCCAAACUGUGAAUAGUGACUUACUUAUCUUGUGAUAACGUGAAGUGUCCUGUUUGCAUUGAAAUGGAAGAUUUUCUCACAUAUGAACCGGUUUAUUCCAAUGAGCAACUUAAUCUCAUUGGACAAGAAUUUACUAGAAUGAAAGAUUCUGUCUAUUUGGAUCAUGCUGGAGCUACCCUGUACUCCGAAAAGCAAAUAAAAAACAUAUUCAAUGACCUAUCAACAUCAGUAUACUCAAAUCCGCAUUCACUUCACACUUCGAGUAAAUCAACAGAGGAUGCUGUAGAUGUGAUAAGAUAUCAAAUUUUGCAGCACUUCAAUACAACAAACAACGAAUACUCUGUAGUAUUCACUUCUGGUACAACCAGUGCUCUGAAGAUUAUCGCGGAAUGUUUCAACUACGGAGACGAGUAUCCCGGAACCUUAGCCCAUUUAGAAGAUAAUCACACGUCUGUACUUGGAAUGAGAAAUUUUGCGAAAAACAUUAAGGAAAUCAAAACAGAAGAGGCUUUCGUGCUGAUGUCCAAGAAAACCGAUAAGCCCUGCAGUGACAGUAACGGUGCCAAUAACCUUUUUGUAUACCCAGCCGAAUGUAACUUCUCAGGGACAAAAUUUCCCCUGGAUUGGAUCCACUGUGUUAAAAACGGCGCUUUGAAUAAACUGGUAGAAACUAAAAGUAAAAACUGGUAUGUUGUUCUCGAUGCCCCUGGUUAUGCGGCAACAAAUCAUCUAGAUUUAUCACUGUAUAAACCAGAUUUUGUGACAAUAUCAUUUUAUAAAAUGUUUGGAUAUCCCACCGGAUUAGGAGUACUGUUAGUAAGAAAAUCCAGCGAAGAACUAUUGAAGAAAACGUACUUUGGAGGUGGCACUGUUUCAAUGGUUUUGAGUUCCCAGAAUGUAAUGGUUCCUCGGAGCUCAUUUCAUGAAAG